AUGUCCAAUAUUACAACCGCACAGGACACCAUCAUUAGGGCUCAGAAUCUUUUAAUAACACUUAGCUUAUGCCUUGAAGACCACGAAGAGGGUAAACUUCGCGAAGAAGAAGCCGACAAUAAAGCACUACCGCGAAUUCCUCCGCUUCAAAUCCCCAAAUUCAGAGGGAAUCCCUGGGAAUGGGACCAGUUUUGGGGAACUUUCAACGCUACCAUUCACGACAGAAAAAUCAGCAAAAUUGAGAAGUUCACACACUUUCUCGAAGCGUUACAGGGACUUGCGAGAGACACAGUCCAGGACCUACAGAUCACCGCAGAAAACUACGACGUCGCAGUAGACAUAUUGAAACGUCGCUACGGAAACGUAGGAUCUAAAGAGUCCUUAUCAACACACUAUCGAUGCUCUUAA